CAACUAAUCAGCUAAAAUGUAUAACACCAUAUCUCAAUAAUGCCUUUACCCGAUGAGCCAGUGUCAAAUUUAAGCAGUAUUGAAGGAGAUGCGGGCCACGAAUACAAGUAUGUACCUCGUUUGGGAUGGGGUGCCGAGCCUCCAAGAAGUGUCAGGAGAGUAGGUUUAGUGAACUACAUACUUUGCACCUACACCAACAGUAGACCGUGCUUAGACCACGACACAUGCAGUCAUGAAAUCAAGUUUGUUCAGAGUAAAAACAUGCAGUAUCCCGACAACCCAGAUGUGAGAUACAGCUUCCUGAUUGGCGGAGAUGGAGCAGUAUAUGAGGGUAGAGGGUGGGGAAUACUUCCUCGAGCCCCGAAGAGGUUUGCGGGUAUUUCUUCUCGAAGUCUUUACAUUGCCUUUGUGGGAAAGUUCAAAUUCACGCCUCCCUCGGCGAAAAUGUUCAAAGCUAAGGAUAAUUUGAUUCUUGAUGGAGUCAAUAAAGGAUACAUAGAUAAAAAGAUCUUAAUAUUUACUAUGUAAAUGUGC